UGGUUUCAAGUCACCUGAGGACGCUUAUAAAUUGUUUCUGGUCGCUCCAUGGUUUCAAUGCUGGCACCUCUUGAGAGUUUUUGUAGAAAUUUAUAUGCAAUUGUCCUGAUUAUUUUCUAGCCAUGAGUUCCGCAAAACCCUACAUUGGCUGUAAAAUAGGGUUAAUUUCAAAAGCCCAAAAUCGUUAUGAGGGAAUUUUGUAUACAAUUGAUAAAGUGAAUUCCACAGUAGUGCUGGCAAAAGUCAAGUGUUUUGGAACGGAGGGACGACCCACUGACAGACCAACACCACCCAAAGAUGAUAUCUAUGAGUACAUCACUUUCCGGGGAAGUGAUAUUAAGGAUAUCACACUGUGUGAACCUCCAAGAUCUCACCAUGGCCUACCCCCAGAUCCUGCAAUAAUACAGUCAUCCAGUGCAGGCUCUUCAGGCCUCUACUCAGCUUGUGGACCAUUUAGCCCACUAAGGGUGCCUGCCUACAACCAACUUGCUGCCAGCUCUCUACUUAACCAACAGUAUGCUGCAGCUCUUGGCCUUGGGUCUAUACUUCCAGGCUUACAUGUUCGAAGGGGGCCCAUGGUGGAAAAGGCUGUUCAAACCCUCAAUGUGGAAAGAUCUGGUCAGAGGAGAGGUUUGACUGCAUCCCAGGAGCGGGAGCAGUGGUGGGAGAGGAGGCCCCAGAGGACCAGAGGAGAGAGUUCCCAGACCAGAAGAGGCGCUGGAGCCACCAUGAAGUCAGGCCCAGGUGUGCCCAGUGCUCGGCAGGAAACUUGGCGGCAGAAUUAUGAAAACGGGCCACCACCCAGAAGAAGACAAGGCGCUCGGAGGCGCAGGAACCGUAGUAGAGGCCAGCUGAUGGUGGCUAAUGUUCCAUCUGCCAUCCUUAAGUUUGACACAGACUUUGAUUUUGAUUCCUCAAAUGCUCAGUUUAUUAAGGAGGAGCUGGAGAGGGAGGUGCAGGACAGGAUGAAUAUGAAAGAUGGAAAUCAUGAGGAAGAAGAGAGAGAAAAAGAGGAACUGCACUCCACUGUAGAGAAUGCUCUUUUUGGACCAAAAUGCUACUACGACAAAGCAAAGUCUUUCUUUGACAACAUCUCAUCUGAUAAGAAGUUCAGACUAACAUGGGCAGAGGAGCGGAAGCGCAAUCUGGAGACUUUCGGGGUCCCUGGACGGUUCCUGAGGGGCCAAGGCUUCAGAGGUGGAUAUACUGGACGAAGAGGACGGGGCAUUGCUCAGACUCUUUCUUCUUACAGAACCAGGAGUGGGAGGCUGUAAAGGUCAGAGUUUGAUACCAAGGCACUAAAGCAACCCCAUCCUCCAAUGAUUGUUUUGCUUAUGUAUAACAAAUGGGAUUGUGUGUUACCCAUUAUGAAGAUGAUCAGCAAAAGCAGCACUCUUGGCACUGUAUGAAGAAGCAUAUUUUCACGUUUUUCUCCCUGAGGCAGUUAUCCUGCCCCAUUAUUAUUUAUUUGGCCCCAUUUUGAAUAUAGAUCCAUGGUCCACUGUAUGUGACAAUAUACAUUUAUUUUAUUUUUUACCCCCUCAGAAUGUUUGCCAGAAGAGUUAAUUUUUCUUUUCUUUUUUUCCAAUUAAAUGGGAAGUGACUGUUUAAGUUUCUGUUAUUUUCUGCUAUUUUGGAAGCAUUUCUUUCCUAAAAUGUAUUUGUUUCAUGUUUAAAAGUACUUGGCUUUGCCUCCUGGGAGGAGUACUCAUCAUAAUUUGUACAUUUAUUUCAUGAACAAACGUUGUAAACUAUAUAAAUAUUAUCAUGAAAUGAACUAUACUUAAAUGUAUUUAAAGGCUAAAUUUGUGUGUAUUGCUUUAUUCUGCCACAUUGAAGCAACAAGUGAGACUGAUGUAAAUAAACUGGAAAUUGCUGAUG